CACAUGGUGGUCUUUCUGAGCGUCGCGGCUACAACAUGGCUGACGUGACAGCGGUGGAUGGAGAUAAACCCAGCAAAAAGUUUGUCUGCUGACUGUGGUAGCUCAGCAUGCUGUGUCUGGUCAGGGCAGCCAGGCAGCAGCUGCGCCAAGCCUUUGGGGUCAGGGGACAGUGGUUAAAAUGUGUCCCCUCAUGUACAGCUGCAGUCCAAGCUCAAAAUUACGGGAACCAUUGGAGAGGUGACAAAAGUGAGCUGAAGAGAAGAAUGAAAGCUGAAAAGAAGGCAGCAGAGAAAGAAGCCAGGGUCAAAGAGCAGGUGGAACAAAAGAAGGAGUCAAACGAUCAGGGAGCACAAAAUGCCUGUGCACUGGAUGAGGAGACGCUUGACCCAAAUCAAUACUUCAAGAUCCGCUCCCAAGCUAUCAGUGACCUGAAGGGCACAGCGGAGGACCCGUAUCCACACAAGUUUCAUGUGGACCUGUCGCUCACCGAGUUCAUAGAGAAAUACAGUUAUCUACAGCCUGGAGAGCAGCUGACUGAUGUUGUUCUCAAUAUCACAGGCCGUGUCCAUGCCAAGAGAGCCUCAGGUGCCAAACUUCUAUUCUAUGACUUGCGGGGAGAAGGCGUGAAGCUACAAGUCAUGGCAAACUCCAGGAACUACAAGUCAGAAGAAGCUUUUGUAGCCAUUAACAACAAGCUUCGCCGUGGAGAUAUCAUAGGUGUACGUGGUAACCCAGGGAAGACCAAAAAAGGGGAGCUGAGCAUCAUUCCCAUUGAGAUGACCCUCCUGUCACCAUGUUUGCACAUGUUACCCCACCUCCACUUUGGCCUUAAGGACAAGGAAACGCGGUUCCGCCAGCGUUACUUGGAUCUGAUUCUCAAUGACUAUGUGAGGCAGAAAUUCAUAACCCGCUCCAAAAUCAUCACGUUUGUGCGCAGCUUCCUUGACCAGUUGGGAUUUUUGGAGAUUGAAACACCAAUGAUGAACUUAAUUCCUGGGGGAGCAGUGGCUCGUCCAUUUGUGACCUACCACAAUGAGCUGGACAUGAACCUCUACAUGAGAAUUGCACCUGAACUCUAUCACAAGAUGCUUGUGGUUGGUGGAAUAGACAGAGUGUAUGAGAUUGGUCGUCAGUUCAGAAAUGAAGGCAUCGAUCUUACUCACAAUCCCGAGUUCACCACCUGUGAGUUCUACAUGGCAUAUGCAGAUUACCAUGAUUUGAUGGAAAUCACAGAGAAAAUGCUCUCAGGAAUGGUGAAGCACAUCACUGGAGGAUACAAGGUGACUUAUCACCCUGAUGGUCCGGAGGGACAGGCCUACGAGAUCGACUUUUCUCCUCCAUUCAGACGAGUGAGCAUGACACAUGAGCUGGAGAAGAUUCUGGGAGUUAAAUUCCCUCCUACUGACAGCUACGACUCGAAUGAGACCCGUAAAUUCUUUGACGACCUGUGUGUACAAAAAGGAGUUGAAUGUCCUCCACCCAGAACCACUGCCCGCCUCCUGGACAAGUUGGUCGGAGAUUUCCUUGAGAUCACCUGUAUCAGCCCCACGUUCAUCUGUGAUCACCCUCAAAUCAUGAGUCCUCUAGCCAAAUGGCACAGAAAGGAGAAAGGCCUGACGGAGCGUUUUGAGCUCUUUGUGAUGAAGAAGGAAAUCUGCAAUGCCUACACUGAGAUGAAUGAUCCUGUCAGACAGAGGGAUCUCUUCGAGCAGCAAGCCAAGGCCAAAGCUGAGGGUGACGAUGAAGCCAUGUUCAUCGAUGAAACCUUCUGCACAGCACUGGAAUACGGACUGCCACCAACUGCUGGCUGGGGGAUGGGCAUCGAUCGUCUGACCAUGUUCCUCACUGACUCUAACAACAUCAAGGAGGUGCUGCUCUUCCCUGCCAUGAAGCCUGACGACAACAAGACUGCAGCCCCUACAGAGGGCACCUCCGUCUGAUGACAUGAUCUCUGGCCUUUCCUGCCAUGACAUCAGGGCGGGAAUCUGUAGGAAUACGAGCCUUUACCUCACUGUGGUCGUCAGUGCAGCUUGCUGGGUUUGACUGUUUAUUGUUGGUCUGUGCAUUUUUUUUCUGUUAAUAAGGGAAAUCAUCUGGUUUGGGUUAAUGGAUCACUGUCAAACAAUAACUUCUUUUUCUUUUGUAUUUCUUACACAGUCGCUAUCAUCUUUGCAUAUUUGGCAACAUUUUAAUCCUUGUAGUCAUCCAGGCUUCAAAUGGGUGAUAUUUGAUCAGGAAGUCAUAUGAUUGCAGACCUGGAUAAAAGGUUUAAUAUGCUGUUUGAGAUGCAUUAAGAGGUGCUUGAUCGUGGCUUCUACAUAUGGAGUAGGUACACCACAUGAUUACAGAGAUCUAGCCUCUAUAAACUUUUAAAUAUCCUCAAAAUGUUAAUCAUUUUUUAUCCAGGCCUGCCUGAAUCCUUGUUUGUCCUUUCUCAACAUGGGCUGCACAAAUUAAGUGUAUUUCUGUGCCAGCAAGUUUUAAACAUGAAUAUGUCUGAAUAAAGAAUAUAAAUCUA